AUGCUGUCCUCGCGGCUAUCCAAGCCGUGUUAUGAUAAAGAGCUCUCGUAUCGAUACCUCGCAGUUAACAAUUUUACCUUUUGGGAGCACAGCAAGGGCACGAGUCAGCUUUCAAUGGAAGAGGUGCAGAAAGGAGGAUUCGAUAUAGUCUUCACUCACGCCAUAUAUCUCACCCAGCACUGCCUUUUCCUUUGGGACAAGCAAAUCUAA